CUCUCUUUCUUUCUCUCGCUCUCUCGGGCUCUCUGCCUCUGUUUCUAUUCUCUCUCCCUCCCUGCCUCCCCCCCAUCCUGAAGGCUCAUCUCAUUCCCUCUCUGCAUCCUUCCCCCUACCUCCCCGCCCCUCCCCUCCUCCGCAGUAGCCAAUGAGCGGCCGCCGGUCCCUGCUCCCGGCUGCGUCCGCCGAGUGAGGCCGCGGGCGCGGGGGUGGGGGUGGGAGGCCGGGAGGGGCCGGGACGCCGGGCUCGGGGGCGGGGCGGGGGGCGCGGGCACCGGAGACCCCGGUGGCGGUGGCGGCGGCGGCCGGGGGAAACCGCGGGGCCGGUCAUGCGGCUGCGGGGCCCGCGGCCCGGAGCGUCCGCCAAGCCCUGAGAGAGGCCCCGCAGGGCGCCCCCCGCCGCUCAGGAUGAGUCACUGCAGCAGCCGCGCCCUGACCCUGCUGAGCAGCGUGUUCGGUGCCUGCGGCCUGCUUCUUGUGGGCAUCGCAGUGAGCACGGACUACUGGCUGUACAUGGAGGAGGGCACCGUUUUGCCGCAGAACCAGACCACCGAGGUCAAGAUGGCGCUGCACGCUGGCCUCUGGAGAGUCUGCUUCUUUGCAGGUCGGGAGAAGGGCCGCUGUGUGGCUUCCGAGUACUUUCUUGAACCAGAGAUCAACUUGGUGACGGAAAACACGGAGAAUAUUCUGAAGACAGUGCGCACGGCUACUCCCUUCCCUAUGGUCAGCCUCUUCCUUGUGUUCACCGCUUUCGUCAUCAGCAACAUCGGCCACAUCCGACCUCAGAGGACCAUUCUGGCCUUUGUGUCCGGCAUCUUCUUCAUUUUAUCAGGUCUCUCCUUGGUGGUGGGUUUGGUUCUGUACAUCUCCAGCAUCAAUGACGAGGUCAUGAACAGGCCCAGCAGCUCGGAGCAGUACUUUCACUAUCGAUACGGGUGGUCGUUUGCCUUCGCUGCUUCCUCUUUCCUUCUCAAAGAGGGGGCCGGAGUCAUGUCGGUGUACUUAUUCACCAAGCGCUACGCGGAGGAAGAGAUGUACCGCCCGCACCCGGCCUUCUACCGCCCGCGUCUCAGCGACUGCUCUGACUACUCGGGCCAGUUUCUGCAGCCCGAGGCGUGGCGUCGUGGUCGUAGCCCUUCCGACAUCUCCAGCGACGUCUCCAUCCAGAUGACGCAAAACUACCCUCCAGCCAUCAAGUACCCCGACCACCUCCACAUCUCCACUUCACCGUGCUGAGGCCGGGCUCCCCUCCCUCUCCUCCUCCUUCCUCCCCCUCACCCGCGCCUCCUGCCUCCCUAAUACCUUAAGGGACUCGUGGCUGAGGGAUGCUGUGCCAUCUCCAGGCCCCAGCCCAUCAUCCUCAUUUCAAUGGCUCCAACCGCUCGUUGGUCCAUUAUACUUCCAGAUGAUGUCGGCCACCCGCCCAACCCCCCAUGAGCCUGUCCCAUUUCGGGGGUUCCUCUCCUGGUCCCUCCCCACCU